AUGACGGAGCCGUGGGCCGAGUACGACACGUUUGACAAGAUCCAGGAUUUUCUGAUCAGCGUGAUAGACAGGCACAGCGACGUGGCGCUGGAGACAAUGUCGGCGAGCGAGGUUUUGGCGCUCGAGGUCGACGACGCAGAGCGGGAGGUGCUGCGCAAGUACGUGCUGUACAGAGACUUUCUGGCGCAGAACAGCACGCAGCUGACGGAGGCCGGGCUCGAGACGCUCAAGCAGGACUCCGAGCUGGUUCCGAACAACGCGUUUGUGAUAUUCUUCCGCAACGACCAUUUCAACACGCUGUACAAGCUCGAGAACAGGCUGUAUCUGCUGGCGAACGACGAGGGCUAUGGAAGUGGCAUUGUUUGGGAGGAAUUGAAGACCGUGAAGGGGUCGGACGACGAGCUGCUGAACGGCUUCUUCGAGGUUCGUGAGGACGAGUCCGACAAGCCGCAGGAACACGCGGAGGAGGCUGUUUACGAGGACAUUCCCGUUGCGGGAGCAGACGAACAGCUGGCUGCGCAACUGCAGAGCCAGGAGGAUGAGCGUCUCGCGCGCAACAUCCAGCAGGAGUACGAGGCUGAGCGUGCCAGGCGCGAGAGACACAAGGACAAAAAGCCGGCCAAACAGUACUCGAAGCCGGACAAGUGUGCGAUAGUGUAG